AUGUUUGGACGCGAUCAUCACCAGGAGGAGCCUUUCUACCAAGGUCCCGGGCCCGAACAGUUCCACGGUCACUAUCACUACCCACAACACCAUGGCUCGGUUUACCAUUAUCCCCCUUCUCCACCGAGGCAUCCAUCUCCGCCGCCGCAGCCCAUGCGACAUGAUCACCAUCACCAUCACCAUCACCGUCCCCGGUCUCACUCCCGCUCUCCACCCCAUUCUCGCGGAGUCCAUGACCAUGUCCCGUUGAUUCACCGUAUCCCGGAUAACAAUGCCGGCAACAUGCCGUUAUCUCCGCCUCCGCCUCCGCCACCCUCGGAGUUCAGACGCUCGCCAUCACCACCGCUAAAACACCAUGGUCAUCACAGACACCACAGCGGUAGCGGUGGUCACCGCCAUCACCAACAUCCACCGGUUAUGACUCCUGGAUUCGGUGGACCUGCCCACCACUCUCACCCAUCUGCGUUGACUCCAGGUGGCGGGUCCCGUGACAUUCCGCCGCCUCCAGCUUAUCAUGAAGACGGGCCACUGAUCCACCGCAUUCCGCCCAUGGGAGUACCUGGCAACAAUGCCUUCGUGCCACCCCAUGGUAUGCACGGUGGACCGGGGCCCCAUGCACAUCAUGGCCACCAUAGCCCUCAUCAUCAGCAUUGGCACUGA